AUGAAUUAUUUAUCACGACUAAACAAAGAGGAGGUUUGCCACUUUGAACUGACGCAAUCUCAAGAAAAAUGCCUGGUUAAUUCAAGAGUCUACGGAGAAAAGACGUGCGAUGAGGAAAAUGAGGUGCGACAGAUGGGUUACGACAGAAUUUUUACUACCACAGUAAUUCUAGUUGCGAUGCUUCAAGUACGCAUAGGAAGUUGCACUGCCUGCCAAGAUGGUGAAAUCACCUACCAAAGCAAUAAAGCGGGAGAAAAAGACAAAUGCGCCCCUUGUAUUGAUUGUCCAGAUGGAAUGGAACCAUCAAUUGCCUGUGGAACUGUCGCCAAGAAUGGAACACUCUUGCACUGUGUUGCGUGCAGGGAGGGAACCUAUUCAGAUACAUAUGGGAAAGAACAGUGUACACCGUGUUCCUUAUGCUCUGCCGGACGCACAGUGACUCGGAACUGCUCUAGGACUGAGAACAGCCGUUGUGGUUCUUGUAAACAUGGUUAUUACGAGAAAGAGGUCGUUGACGGUCUUAUAUACGAUUGCGAGCCGUGCUCUGGCUGCUGUGGGGACGGUAAAGACGAAUUUGAGGACCAAUGUAAAGCUCAAGGACUCCCACGGCAUAGAAGAUGCAAACUAAGAAAGACAGACAGUGACUGUCAAAGGAUAAACAUGAUGAUCAAACUAACUCCAAGCCCGACGACUCCACAACGAAAGUCUACAGCAGAGCGAAGAACAAAUAAACUGAAAUCUUCGGACAAAACGACACAACGGUCUUCAUCGACAACACAUCGAUCAUUCGCUAGCAGCAAUACCGUAAUUGCAAGUGCUGCAUUCACUUCUUUUUUCGAGACGUCAAUUGCGUUUCAGCGACGAAGAAAUAAGACUUCCGAUGAAGGUCAUGGCAAAAGUAAAACAACUCUGAGCGUUGACACGAAGAGACCCAUAUCUGUUUCAAUCAACAGCCGUGAAGAAAUUAGUCGAAGUAUCAAGGCAGUUAUUGGUAUUUUGGCAAGUUUGAGUCUUGUUGCUUGCAUCGUUAAGAUAAAAACGAUAGCGACCUUUUUUAAAUGGGUGCGUUGUCGACCGUUCUCCAGAUCAAGGGACGCUGAACACGAUGAACACACAGAAAGCGUUUUAUUGGAUAACAUUACAACACUGACAAAUGUUGACCCACUUGGAGUACUCGUUUGCAUGAAAGAUUUGAAGUCUUGUUCACUAGAGACAUAUGAAAAAGUAUGGAAACGACUGGACAAAAAGCUGGAAAACACCAAGAAGGGCAACUACAAGGAUGUAGCGUCAGAGUUUAAGUUUGAGGAAGAGGACAUUUGGGAAUUUGAGAAGGAACUUCACUCGUGUAGGUCAGGAAGUCCUUCUGAAAAGCUUUUAGAAAGCCUGGAAGCUAAAAGGCCUAAUCUAACCGUAUUAGAGUUUAUCAAAGUAUUGCAAAAAUCUACAAUACAAAGGAAAGACAUUAUUGAACUGUUGGAAAGUCAUAUUUAUAGACACUGCGAGACUUCCUAGGAUAAUGAAAAAUUAUUAAAAGUGGCCUGGAUUUGCGUUCUUCGUAGAGAUUUGCAAGGUUAGCGGCCUUGGAUGUUAAGCUUACUUUUCCUUACGAUAUGGACACGAUCGCGCUGCAUAUUAUAUACGUACUUAAAAUAUUCAGGUGAAUAUUAGAAAUUCUGAAAUGAGUUACAAAUGAUUCAAUUCUUGUACAAGCAAUUAAAGCGAAUGGAAAUUUGGACGUAAUAUUUAUCAUAUUUAUCAAGCAAAUUAAAAAUAAAAGCAA